UCACGUUCUGUAUUACAAAACCAAAACAAAAAUUGGUGAACGCUGUAAUUUCAAAAAAUUAAAAAAAAACUUUGUUUUGUAUAAAUCAAAUAGUUUUUGCAAUGUCUUAUAUUGUCGCUUCGUCAGCUAUAGUGCGUAAUUUCUCACAGUUACUUUAUUCCGUACAGCAAACCCGACAAAUUCAUCGCUGGGUUGCCCCUACACUCCGGGAAUUGAAGCGGCGUCGUGAAAAAAUGGGCCCGGAAGCUGUUUUACCUCGAUCGACUCACAGUGACUGGAAUUAUAAUGCGGAAAUUUUUGCUUUUGGUAAAAGACUAUCGGAACAUUUUGAUGCCGGUCUGCUUCAGCAAGCAUUCACCCAUCAAUCAUUCAUCGCAAAAGAAGAGGUAAAGCAGGCCCAGGUCGGUAUUGAUCAGCCCCAGCUUGGCCUGAAAGACAAUCAACAGCUGAUUGAACAGGGAGAAAAACUAAUACAGCAAUAUGUGCAAGCAUUUUUGUUAACAGCCCUGCCAAAUCUCCCUGAAGAAGGAAUUCAUGCAUUAGUCACACAUCUGACAAGCGAAGAUAAGCUGGCUUAUGUUUCUAAACACCUAGGGACAACCGACAUAAUUCUAUCAGCUGAGUUCCCUGUAACGGAAAGGUUGUUAGCCAACACUCUUAAAGCAGUUAUUGGAGCGCUUCACAAAUCAUCCGGUGACGAGCGGGUGUACCUGUUUGUACGAGAUUUUGUUUGCACUCAACUAAACCAACAGGACGUCAACGAAUAUUGGAAUAUUGAUGAUCCGUUAUCGUUGUUACAGGAAUAUUGUAGAAAGAAGAAAAUAGGCGAACCCGAACCACGUUCCAUUGGGUUGAUUGGUAAAAAUACCAUCCUAGCGGCUCACAACGUAGCAAUCUACUGUAAUAAAGAGUUCAUCGGAUCAGGAUACGGUGAAAGUAUCGAAACGGCCAUUCGGGAAGCCGCUUGCGACAGUUUGCGACAGCUGUUCGGUACGGAACACAAUAUGAAGCCGAUCAAUUUUAGUUUGGAGCUGAGAGAUAUAGUUAAACAUUUGAAACAGCAUGAACUGAAGGGGCAGUAGAUAAUAAAAAAGAAAACUGUAGACUAAAACAACUAAUAAAAAUAGAUCAAACUCGAAGAAUUUGGA